GCUAAACGUUCUAAUUUCCACACUAUAGCAUACGUCGUCUUCUUAGUUGUUCCAUUUCCUCCUCCUUUAAGCUUUUAUCUGCUAGUUUUUUUAGAUUGUCUUAAAGGAGAUUUAGCCUACAAAAGGUCAAUUUUUGUUGGACAUGGUAGCCUAAUGAAUAUACGGUUGUUUUGACUGGAGAAGACGCAGUAUGAUGGCAACAGCUGCUGUUAUCGGGCUUACCACCGGAAAGAGGUUAUUGAGUUCUUCAUUUUGCUAUUCUGAUAUCUCUGAGAAACUCUCAUAUGCUGGUGAUUAUGGUGGAUUUUCUUAUUAUCUGACUGCUCCCACAAAAAGUACAAUAGUUGCGAAGAAAUCAUCUAAUUGUAGCCAAAGCUUGCCUUCGUCUGAUCGACGUAGUAAGUCGAUUAAAGCGCUUAAAGAGCAUGUGGAUACUGCCUCCAUUGCUUCAACUGCAGACCCUUUGUUCGGGGGAUCCGAUGACUUGGAAGAAGAAAGCUACGAUCUUGACUACUCUGUGGAGGCUCUUCUUUUGCUUCAGAAGUCUAUGCUCGAAAAGCAAUGGACUCUCUCGUUCGAAUCACCGAUUCGAAAAGCUGAUGAGAAGGUACCUGUUACUUGUUCCGGGGUGUCAGCUCGGCAACGGAGAGUAAGUACUAGGAGGAAAAUUCUGAGCCAAUAUAAACCGAUGAUGCAACCUAAUGUCAAGCAGGUAAGAUCAUUGAUCAGUCCAGAGUUGCUUCGGAGCCGUUCGAAAGGUUAUGUGAAAGGUGUAGUAAGUGCAGAACUGCUAAGCCAUACCGAAGUUGUUCGAUUGUCGAAGAAAAUCCAAGCAGGGCUUUCCUUGGAGGAUCAGAGGUUUAGAUUGAAGGAGAGGCUCGGGUGCAAGCCGUCCGAUGAACAGCUUGCAACUUCUUUGAAGAUUUCUCGUACCGAGUUACGUUCAAUAUUGCUUGAAUGUUCAUUUGCAAGAGACAAGCUGGCCAUGAGCAAUGUUCGUUUGGUUAUGUCCAUAGCUCAAAGAUACGAUAACAUGGGAGCUGAAAUGCCUGAUCUUAUUCAGGGUGGUUUGAUUGGACUAUUGCGUGGCAUUGAAAAAUUCGAUUCUUCAAAGGGAUAUAAAAUUUCAACUUACGUUUACUGGUGGAUACGUCAGGGUGUAUCAAGAGCAUUAGUUGAGAACUCGAGAACAUUAAGGUUGCCAACACACAUGCAUGAACGAUUAGGAUUAAUCCGAAAUGCAAAAUCUAGACUCCAAGAGAAAGGAAUUGUGCCGACUAUUGAUAGGAUUGCUGAGAGUCUGAACAUGUCCCAGAAAAAAGUUCGUAAUGCUACCGAGGCAGUGAGUAAGGUCUUCUCGCUCGACCGCGAUGCAUUCCCCUCUAUCAACGGUCUUCCAGGAGAGACUCAUCACAGUUACAUUGCAGAUAACCAUGAAGAAAACAAUCCAUGGCAUGGAGUAGAUGAAUGGGCACUUAAGGAUGAAGUGAACAGGCUCAUCGAUAUAACACUCGGAGAACGAGAGAGGGAGAUUAUACGACUUUACCACGGUCUCGGAAAAGAGAGUCUUACAUGGGAGGACAUCAGUAAACGCAUUGGUUUGUCAAGAGAGAGAGUGCGGCAAAUCGGCCUCAUUGCGCUGGAGAAACUAAAAAACACUGCCAGGAAGAACGAAAUGGAGACUAUGUUAUUGAAACAGUGAUUUUCAAUCCUUCAAACGUAGACAUGGUAGAAAUGACUAUAUAUAUAUAUAUAAGCAAAAUUGUAUGUUCAAAUACAUAUAUUCAUGAAAAUUUUCUGUAAUUAUGAUAGUAAACAAGUAGUUUGAAUGCAUAUGGUGAUAUUAAAUUUA